AUGAAAUUCGCUCUCUCCUUUUCUUAUGUUGGCAUGGCAGACACGAAAAAUUCUUUAAAUAGUACGGAUGCUUUUGGCAUGGAAAAUAUAUUUGAACAAAUGAGAAGAUACAAAGAAGAAGCAGAUCAAUUGACAGGCGACGAACGAAAACAAUUCGCUGAAAAGAUCAUUUUAUCCUUGUGGAAAGAUUUCGGUGAUGAAGACGACGCAAGUGACGAAGAUAAUCAAGAAUAG